AUGGCGGUUGAUUGGCUCCUUGAGCAAUGGUUCCCAAACAUUUUGACUGGCCCCAAGGUGCGGAUUGCUUGCGAUGGCCUCUCUGCUAUUGAGCUGGCUUUCAAAGAUCGUCCCCUGUCUCCAACUGAUGCCCAGUUUGACCUGGUAUCGUCCAUUCGGGAAGCUAUCCUUCGGUCCUCGGUGGAUUGGGCGCCCCAACACGCGUAUGGACACCUAGACAAGUCCAAUCUCUUUGACAAACGUUCUUGGUGGGAGAAACGGAACCUUGAGGUGGAUGGAAUGGCGAUUGAGUACCCAGACACCAAACAGUCACGCCUUGAUCCCCAGUUCAUCCAAGAGUGUGUGACUCUUCCGGCCCUACGCUUUCGCUGGAGGGACAAAGGUACUAUCUCCGCUGAAGCCGAGUCUGAGAUUGCCUGGGACACAAUGGGCCGCGCCAUGCAAUCUCUUCCUGCAGGACUACAAAGGUGGUCUACUAAACAUUGUGUGGGCAUGUGCGGCACAGGCAAAUUUAAAGUUCUAUGGGGUCUGGAGACAUCAGCAGCUUGCCCAUGCUGCGGCGACUUCGAGGAUCAUCUGCAUGUUCCCCGCUGCCGCGCUGCUUCGGCAACAGCUGAAUGGGAUCGUCGCACUGCAGCCUUCUCCGCGUGGCUAGACCUGCAACUGACGGGCCCUUCCAUCAAAAUAGCGAUCCUACAGCUUCUUCAGGGCGUUCGCACACCUCCUUCAUUUCCCCCAAGGCCCAUCUCCUCUUCGGUUCGGCCGGCCUUCUUGGCUCAGCAGGUGAUUGGGUCUCAAGGCCUUUUGGAGGGACGCAUCGCCUCGUCUUGGCUUCCACUCCAACAACAAUAUUAUGACAAGAUAAGAUGUCGACAAUCUGUCUCUCUUUGGGCGUCCCGCCUCUCACAACAGCUGAUCUCCAUCGGCUUCUACAUGUGGGAGCAAUGGAACCCCGUUCAACAUUCGGAUGAUAACGUUCAAUUACGUGAACGUCACAGUGCUGUCAAUGAGGGGAUUCACUCCCAGUUUGAUAUGGGCCCCGAUGACUUGCCUAAGGAAAUUCAACCAAUGCUAACAUGCCCUUGCCGAGUCCUUCGCAAGUUAUUGGUAGACAAGGAAGAGUGGCUUAAGUUGCUUUGUCAGGAACGCAGAUAUUUCCGUCGCUCCAUGAAAGCACAACGCCGCAGUCUGCGGACUAUUUUCUCCCCUGGACCCUGA